UCAUCAGAGAUAUAUAUUUUUCAUUUCCUUUGCGCACACCGUGAGAGAGGUUUAGGUUUUGUGCUCGUUGUCUUUUGAGGUUGUCGACCGCACGGACAAGAAAAGUGAAGAAACCGAGCGAGUCGCGGCGUAAGUGCGGGUUCCGAUCGUCGACGCCGCUGCCACGCGACCGCGCCAUGCCUGCGCUAGUCGAGCGUCCGAAGAUGAGCAUCGCCAUGUGGGCCGCGCUCAAGAACCACAUAAUGCGACAGCGCGAAAAGAAGAAGCAAGAACAGGAGGCCGACGCCGCCACGGAGCGCGUGAGACGCGAACGCGAGCUCAAGCGUCGCCAGGACGCGAUGACGCUCGAAGAGAUCCGCGAUCAGGUGCAGCAGUCCGAGAAGAAGCUGGUCACGCUGAAGGAGGAGAAACACCAGCUCUUCAUGCAGCUCAAGAAGGUACUGCACGAAGACGACACCCGGAAACGGGCCUUGGUGAAGGAGGCCAACGAGAUGGCAGCGCUCAACCACUCGUACCUACAACAGCAACACAACGCCGCCAUGCACCAGCACGCCGCUGCCGCUGCGGCCGCAGCCGCCGCCGCGAUUCCGCAGCACCUCUACAUACAGGACAUUAACCGCGCUCACUCCAUGUACAAGCUGGCGCAACCCAUCCCGCAGAACCCGAGCGUCCUGCAUCGUGCGCCACUCAAGAGGCCGCUGACGCCGUCCCCUCCUCCGUCGUCGCAAGCCGCGACAUCGUCGACCUCUUCGUCCCAGCAGGCGACUCCGCCCCAGUCGGGCUUCUCGCCCCAGCAGCCGUACGCCUACAAGGCCCAGAUGCCGGGCUCGGCGGCGUACGGGGCGCCCAAGCUGAUCCCGGCGUACGCGCCGGGCCACGGUCCCAUCUACUACGCGCACGUCCCAGGUCAGGGGUCGGUGCCAGCGGCCAUGGCUCCCGCGGCACCGGUGCCCUAUCCGGCCUACCCGACACCCCAGUUCCCUCACCAUCACGCCGAGUCGGCGGCUGCUGCCGCAGCCGCGGCAGCGGCUGUUGCCAAGCAGCAGCAGAUGGUUGCCACCCACAACUUCCACCUCGCUCAACAGCAACAGCAAGCCGCCGCCGCAGCUCAGCAACAACAGCAGCAGCAGCAGGCAGCUGCCGCAGCGCAACAGCAGCAGCAUCAACAAGCAGCCGCUGCUGCUGCGGCGGCAGCGGCCGCUGCCGGAUACCCUGGGGCACCCGUGGUUCCCCAGGCCCUGGAGCCGCCGCACGGCUUGCAGAAGCCUCGCUUCCACGACUGAGAAGUUUUACGUUUCCCAGCCAUCUAUGCUGCCCAUGCGGACACUGGCCUCGCCGGCAGCCCAGUCGGCCGCCAUGGCAUUAGCCAGUCCGCAGCCGAAACCCUCGUCGUACCUGACAGCUGCGCAGCAGCACCAGAUGGCAGCAGCUGCUGCGGCUGCGCAAAGGCACCCGGGGUAUCCGGGUCAACCAACGCGAUUUUACUAAGGUUAACUAAAUCUAGUGGUCGGUCUGUGAAGGUAGGGGUAGCCGCUGGCUAGUACGCAAGAAGUCUUCAGAUGCUGCUGUGGUGCGCACAAGGAGUAAUACCCAUAAGCAUUGAAACAUGCUCGGUCAGGCAGUCUGUACACUACUGCUAAUGAGAGCACCACAUUGCUGUCACAUUUGCGCACUGUCUGAAGUGUUGGCAUACAACAUUUGUUAAAGUUUAAGUGCGACUUCGGCUCACAACUAUAAGUUGGAGGAACUAGCAGACACACGGAAGUGUAGGAAACUACUCUUUCUUGUUCGAUAUUUGCGUAGAGGUUAUGUUAUUAGCACAAGAACAGCUGGAACAGCAUUAGUUGGGCGCAGCCAAUUGCUGCGUUGCCAGUUUUUUUGCCUUGCAAGGGCUCGAAGCAACCAUUGCAAGUCUAACUUAAGACCAGCAUGGCUGAAACGGUGAUUCUACCUGAGGCGUCUUGCAUAUGUAUAACUCUCAGUGCAUUGUCCAAGAGAGAAAACAGUCAAAACACACUUUCGGUUUCAUUCUUUAUUUACAAUGCACAAUGAAUCGCUUACUGUUGCAAGUUCUGCAACUAACUGUACGGUUUGCGAAAAAGCUGUGCAAGACCUGUUAAAAUGGACAUUUUGACAGCAUGCAGUAGACAUGUGACAUAUGAGGACAAUACAAAUAAGCACAAA